AUGAGCUAUGAAAACUACUCCCAGAGUAAACCUGAUUCCGCAGACACCACCGAGUCGAACUUUGGCACCUCUGUGUCCGGCGACGGGGUGCUGAGAUCGGAGUCCUUUUCGGGCUCCCAAAACUCUUCCAAGCAAAACAAACUAGAGCUAUCCCCUGGUUUUGACGCUUCCAAAUCCAUGAGGUCCUCAAAUUCAGACACACAAUUUGACCUGUACAGAAACAAUCCGAUGGACACAACCUCGCAGUCUCCCCACGUUCGGUGGCAGCAGCAGACGUCCUCCGUGUCGAGGGUUCCGAGUCUGAGCGACGCCGCUGGGAUCUCAAUGCCCCAGGUCUCAAACACCCAGGUCUUAAGCGGCCUGGACUCUUCCAACAAGUAUGCAGGGUACUCCUGGGCGUCUGCCGCUAACCCCUCCUCUGCCGCAAAUAAUUACAACACCACGGCAGCUAGCAGAGAUUUAUGGUCCAGCACUGCAGCUACCGCGUCUGCGGGCAAAAUGACCGCCAACACUAGUACAUCCUCAUCUCACUUGCCCAAGAUGCAGGGCAACUAUUAUUCAGGCUCAGACUCUCUGUUCAAUCCAUUGUAUGACACCUCGAACGGAAAUAUGCCACUUGCUGCAUCGACAUCAAUGUCUAACUCAGAUAUGGAUACCUUGGCGUUGCAGCUCAUGCAGUUGAACCUUCCAAACUCGUCUUCCAAUCUCCAGUCUUUACAAACUCAUAAAGGACCUGCCUACUCUUCGAGCAACGACUUCUAUAUGUCCUGGCCCACGUACUCUAAUCAAACUGCCAACGCUGUCUCAAAAGCGCCUUCAAACAAUCAGGCUUCUGCAUACAUGAAUAUACAACCGCAAAGAAACAUAGACCCGAGAGGCUCUCAGACGCAAAAGUCAGGCACUCCAGAGUCUGUUGCCGAGAUCGAAGAUCACAAGAUCCAACUUGAGCUGAAGGAUUCCAUCAUCAAGAAGCUGGAGGAGGAGGUUGCAAGACUGAACACGAUCCUGAGGGUUUCCGAUAGUGAUGAUAAUAAGAAAACAUUCGAAAUACCAAAGAAUCACGAACAGUUAUAUACCAAGCUCACAGAGAAGCUCCAAGCUGCCCAAGAGGAGCUGGAGGAGACGAAGCUCAGACUGGAAGUCAUCUUGACUGCUGUUGCAUUAAACCCGAACCAGUCAGUCACGAAGACCGGGAGGUACGACGAGGAGGAGAUCGCGCACAAGAUCAUUACGAAGAUGCAGAUGCUGACCGAGGAGAACGAGGAAAUGGCCAAAAUGCUGAGCUACGGCAAAUCAAAGGAAAAGGAUAUUGAAAUUGGACUUUUGAGGAAACAGAACGUAGAGCUGAAGAGCAAGGUUGCCAAGUUGGAAGUCAAAUUGAAAGAGCUCAAAAAGUGA